UAACAAUCGGGCGUCGAUACGAAGCAGGUUCAUAGCCCUGGGAGGAAUAAGUGUUCUAUGCAGGCUGGUUUUUUUGUCUGGCUAGGAUUUGUUCUGGGAGGAGCCUUUGGAGUUUUCACGGCAGGAAUCGACACCAAUGUUGGGUUUGACCCCAAGGAUCCCUUGAGGACGCCGACAGCAAGGGAGGUGCUGAGGGACAUGGGGCAGAGAGGCAUGUCCUACGCCAAGAACUUUGCUAUCGUGGGGGCGAUGUUCUCCUGCACCGAGUGCUUAAUAGAAUCGCACAGAGGGAAGUCAGACUGGAAGAAUGCUGUUCUCAGCGGCUGUGUGACUGGAGGGGCGAUUGGCUUCAGAGCUGGGCUCAAGGCCGGACUGCUGGGAUGUGGUGGUUUUGCUGCCUUUUCAGCAGCAAUCGAGUAUUACCUGCGCUGAGGUCCAGGGCUUCGGACAGAAGGACUUUUUGUUACCAGUUGCUUUCCAGUAGAGCUGGCCAGGCUAUCCUUGGAGCACAAGAGAAGCAUCAGAGGGAGUGGCCUGUAUUCCUGCUGAGGACCAGCAGUUCUCUGUGUUCGCUAUGAGUUCUGGACUGUUAAUACUCCACAUCUUUUCAAUACGGAGCAAUUCCUAUAAGUUAUAAAAAAAACAUGAGAGGAACAUUUGGUUGAGCCUAGUUAAUUUUGUUGUAGGAAAAUAAAUAUAUGUGCAAUUUGUAAGUAAUCAAUAAAUAGACUUUAGAGAUAAGUCUUUACACCGGUAA